GACAGUUUAGGGCCGGUAUGUCAGUAGGAUGGCGCCAUGGUUUAUAAAGAUGGGUGUAUGUGAUAUAAGUUGGCAGUGUUGUGGCGGUUGUGGCAGCGUGACUGGUAUCUUGGAGUCUGUGGCCACGACUUACCGGUGAUUCUCGGCAUUUUAACAACAGUUAGCAAGGAUGACGGAGGAGGAGGAUGGCUUCGACCACCUGCUGACGAAGCUAGGAUUCGGGCCAUGGCAAGGAAUCACCCUCGUCACCACGUUUCUAGUGGCGAUGAUCCUGCCAUCUCACCUGAUUGGAUCACCUCUAGUGAGCGCUCCUGUGCCUUUCCGAUGCUUCACUGAUGCUCUCUCACUUGACGAUUGGCCACAGUCACUCCCAUAUAGAGAGGGGAAAGAGACAAUGAACAGCACACGGAAGUACUUCAACGGCCGGUGUCUAGAGCUCAGCAACCUCUCGGUCACUCAGGAAGACACACCAGCUCACCGCACCUUCUUCCGUCACAGGACAUACAUGUCUUCCUGUCCAUACAUUGAAUACGACAACACCAUCUUCUCUGCAACUAUCGUCUCUGAGUUUCACCUGGUGUGUGAUGAGCUACACCUGCAACCCUUCUACCAGAUGUUGUUUAAUUGUGGGCGGGAUACUUGGCAGCUUCAUAGGUGGCCACAUUGGAGACAGGUUUGGUCGCAGACGAGCAGUGCAGAUUGGUUGCAUUGCCAACAUCCUGUCAGUUCUUGGCACCACUCUAGUACCAGUCUACUCAUUCAUUCUGGUGAUGAGAAUCAUCACAGGUUGUACUUGUAUUGGAACGCUCAUCCCCGCCUGGAACAUGGGUAA